UAAAACAGUUAAACAAUAAAAAUGGGAAUCUCAAGAUCUAAAGGAAACACACACAACAUCUUCCUACUCUGCAACUACAUCCUCUUAGGCUCGGCUUCAAGUUGCAUCUUCCUCACAAUCUCCCUCCGUCUCUUCCCUUCUCUCUCCGGCCUCUCUCUCAUCUUCCUCCACACUCUCACCAUCGCCACUGCUGUCACCGGCUGCUCCGUUUUCGCCUCUUCAACCGCCGCAACCACAAGCGACAGAUUGUACGGUGCACACAUGGUGGCCACAGUCCUCGCUGCCAUAUUCCAAGGGGCAGUCUCUGUUCUGAUAUUCACGAGAACAGGGGAUUUCCUCAGGGUUCUGAAAUCUUAUGUUCUGGUAGAAGACGGAGCGGUGAUUCUUAAACUCGCAGGUGGUUUGUGUAUACUGAUGUUCUGCUUAGAGUGGGUUGUUCUUGUGUUAGCGUUCUUGUUGAAGUACAGUGAUUAUUUGGAUGAGAGCGUUGUGGAUGAUGAUGGUAGUAAGUUCCAGAGGCAAAAAGAAGAUCUCAAGGAUUGGCCUUCUUACCCAUUUCAACUCAAGCUUUGAUUUCAAUUCAAUGUGUUUCUAUUUUUGGUACUUUGGAUUCAUUCUUUGGUUGAUUUUAUUUAUAUAUUUAUGUUUGUGAAAUUGGCAAAAACUAUAUAUCAUCAUGUAUGGUUUCACGCUUGUUAUUUGAUAAUUUUGUCAUAAAUAAGAUCAGUGUGUAUAUUUU